UCAUUCUGCAAACCACGCUCCCCUACGAUUUUACCCGCCCAAGCACGGCGAGAACCAUUAUUAUUCCCAUCCUAUAUCGCGUCGCGCAGUGAGCAGCUCCUAGAGAUGGGCCAACCAUCGUUCGAGGCGUCCAACGCCCUCAUCUACGUCACUUAUGGCGCAUUCCUCCUUCUCGGUACCGGCCUGGCCUGGAGGAUGCGCAACCAGCCCAAGUCAGAAUUCUUGGCUGGUAAUAGAACUCAGUCCGCCUUCCCAAUUGCGUUGAACUUCAUCGCCGCUGAUCCUACAGGCCAUGGUGUAGAACACACACGCUUGCUGGCAAGCUGGCACGGCGUGGAGCGAUCCCAUGCCUCUACAACAAAGCGUGACGACUCGGGCACGGCCCGCACCCCCCGCCAGGCUUGACGACGGCCUCGAUGGGACGCUCUAGUCUUAAGCAUAUUGACGAUAGGUUCGUACUUGAUAAUCAACAGAUCUUUGGUCUCUUUGCUAUUGGAAGUGGGCACGGGCUCUGGACCUGGGGCUUCACAGCCGAGGGCCUCCCACUUUCGAACGGCGGAGAGGCUGAAGUUCUGCGGCUCACUACG